AUGCCACCACAAACCUCAUCGCUCGACCACAACGCCAUCGCACGCAUCCUUUCCAACGUCGCCGCCGCCCUCAAGUACACCCACACUCGCCACAACCCCGUCCACAACGACAUCAACUCGCGCAACACGGUUAACAAAGUGCCUCUAUCAUUGACCUUUGUUAAGGCUACGACGCACGCACCCACGCAGGUAGCUUGGUCUCGUUGUGCGCACGGUCCGGGAGACGCGCGCGCGGAAGAAACUGGAUCAGCUAUUAAUGAUGCGUUGACCGAGCGCAUGCUGGAGGCGGAACCGCAGGAUCAGGUCGAGUGCUCCAAGCUGGCCGUUCUGGCAGCUCUGUAUGGCGUCGGUUAUCAUAAUUUGCAGCCAUCUAUUGGGAGCGAGCUCCCGUUUCCUAUUCACUUCCUAUUGAAUUCUUCCGCGCCUGUCAGCGGCGUGCUAUCCUGA